AUGGACAUUCCUUCUUCUCUCACAUCCAAACUCCCAAUCAUGACUUCCAACAGCAAUCAGAUGAACCCUCUCCAGCACCCGCUGGAGGCCAUUGCUACUGGCAUCCAGGGAGCUACCUCCGGCGAGGCUCGUGCCCCCAGGCUUGCACACAACAUGUCCACCAACGAAGGUCCCGCCGACAUUAUUGCCAAAGUCUCUGGUCACACUCAGGGUGGAAAGCGCGAAGAUGAUGGNACACCCACUACUAGCAGAAGACUUGGACUGACAUCAGUAGGAAUGGUGCACCCUUGCGGUAGUGGUGCCUUUGGUCACUUCGAGGUGACCAAGGACGUUUCACACCUGACCAAGGCUGACUUCUUGUCAACUGUCGGCGAGAAGACUCCCGUCUUUACUCGUUUCUCCACCGUCACUCUUGGCCGUGAGUUCCCUGACGAGGCCCGUAANCCCCGUGGAUUCGCCAUGAAGUUCUACACCAAGGAAGGCAACUACGACAUUGUUGGCCUGAACUUCCCCGUCUUCUUCUGCCGCGAUCCCAUCCAGGGCCCCGAUGUCAUCCGUUCCCAAGCACGCAACCCUCGCAACUUCCUGCUCGACUACGAUGCCACCUUCGAUCUGCUCGGAAACACCCCUGAGUCGAUUCACGCCGGUGUCAUGUUCUUCAGUGACCACGGCACUCCCCAAGGCUGGACCAACAACCACGGUUACGGCUGCCACACCUUCAAGUGGGUCAACAAGCAAGGCAAAUUCGUCUACAUCAAGUACCACUUCCUCGCCGAGCAUGGUCAGAAGCAAUUCACACAACCCGAGGCUAUUCGCAUCUCGGGUGAGAACCCUGACUACUCCAAGCAAGAGCUAUGGGAGGCUAUGGAGCGUGGCGAAGAGAAGAAAUGGAUUGCCCAUGUGCAGGUCAUGCAGCCCGAGGAUGCCGACCCUGCCAAGCUGGGCUUCGAUCCCUUCGAUGUUACCAAGGUCUGGCCUCGCGACCAAUUCCCCAUGCAAGAAUUCGGUCGUCUCGUGCUCAACAAAAACCCCGAGAACUACCACCGCGAUGUCGAGCAGGCUGCCUUCUCACCCGGCUCCAUGGUUCCCGGUAUCGAGGACUCGCCCGACCCGCUGUUGCAGUUCCGCAUGUUCUUCUACCGUGAUGCUCAGUACCACCGCAUUGGUGUCAACUUGCACCAAGUCCCCACCAACUGUCCGUUCAUGGCACGCUCAGUAUCAUCCAUCAACUUCGAUGGUGCCAUGCGUGUAGACGCCAACCACGCUGGCAACAAGCAGUANCACCCCAACAGCUUUACCCACAAAUUCCGUCCUGAUGUGGCCGAAGCACCAUACAAGGUCGCAGACAACGUUGUGAGCCGCAAGAGUCACUACUACCACGAGUGCAAGGUCAGCGAGUACGACCAGGUCCGCGAGCUGUACAAGCGUGUCAUGGAUGAUGGCGCCCGUGCCAACCUCCACUCCAACACAGCCAAGAUGAUGAGCAACGUCAACUUCCCUAUCAUCCAGAAGAAGUUCCUUGCUCAGAUCUACAAUGUCGCUCCCGAGUACGCUCGCGCUGUGUACGACUUGACAAGCUACAAGCACGAGAAGUUCGACUUCUCUGAAGUCGAGAAGCUCAGCAAGGAUGCUCACAUGUGGUACAAGGAGCCAAUGCUUAGACCUGAUGAGGACAACAGACUUGUUGGCUUUGCUCCCGCCAACCCCUUCUACCACUAA